AUGCAUUUGAUAUGGGAGAACCUGCUAAAGAAUCUCAUUUUGCAUUGGACAGGAGAGUUCAAGGGCCUCGAUGAUGGUACGGAGUCUUAUGAAUUAGAAAAGACCAUGUGGAGGGCUAUUGGAGAGGCUACAGCACGCACUGGUUCUAUGGUACCUUCAGCAUAUGGUGCACGUGUUCCCAAUAUCGCUGCCGAUGGAGUAUACAUUUCUGCAGAGAUGUGGUCGUUUUGGGCACUCUAUCUUGGCCCUGUGCUUCUGCGGCAACGUUUCAAGGCCGUGCGAUACUACGAUCAUUUUAUACGUCUUGUCAAACUCCUCAAUAUCUGUCUACAAUUUGAGAUCUCAGACAAUGAGAUCAAGGAGUUGCAGUCAGGCUUCGCACUAUGGGUUCAGGAUUAUGAGCGAAUAUAUUAUCAACAUGAUUAUAACCGCUUGUCAACAUGUCCACUCACGGUUCACGCCCUUUUGCAUAUUGCUGACAGUAUCAAAGCCACGGGACCAGUCUGGUGUUACUGGGCAUUCCCAAUGGAAAGGUAUUGCGGAACAAUACAGCCAGCCAUUCACAGUCGGCGUCAUCCGUUUGCCUCUCUUGCACGUCAUGUUCUUGAGGAUGCACAACUGACACAAAUCAAAAUAUAUUAUGAUGUGGUUGAUGAGUUAUCCUUACGUCCUUCACAACGCACUCCUGCAGGCUCAUUACAGAUUCAGGAAUAUCCCACCUGUCGUCUACUCCCACCAAAAGCAGUGAAGCAGCCAACCUCACUUGCUCCUGUUUAUGGAGCACUAGUUACCCGAUUACAGCACCCACUUGGCACUGUGAAGCGCUAUCUGCAGAACGCUGAUAUCAUCGAGUGGGGAAAGGUCCAGCGUAUCGAUUCAGAUGCCGGUGAUACCAUGAGGGCAUCUGAGUUAGGUACCAUCCGUGAUGAUAGCCGAGAUGCUUCUUGGGUUCGCUAUGAGAUGCUUGUUGAUCGUCAUGCUCGUCGACGUAACGCGGCCGUCAAUUUUGUGCGGGAGAUGUUCUAUGGCCAGCUUCAGCAUAUCUAUGUUAUCCAUUUUGGUUCACCCUGUCUUCAACUUGGCCUCGAAGAUCCAGAGACAACAUUUAUUCUGGCUGCAAUCCGAAGUUGCAAGUGCAUUGAAUCAGAGCAAAUACGUGGUCUGGACAUUCACUUCUAUAACUCGUUGGGUCAACUUCAUGUCAUUGACAUUACUGCGAUCCAGUGCUUGGUUGGCCGAGUGCCAUGUGGAGAGAAUAAGUGGGCUGUUAUUGAUCGCAGUGGUACUUUAGCACGGGCCGUGGUCAAACCGGAACUCGAAUUCAUCAAGCUCGAGGAGGAGCAUGUGAAAGCUCCAAGUGAGAUCAAUGUCCAGCGCAAUGAACUCAAGAGCAGAGAGGCCCUUGUAUUCAUCUUUGGCCUCUGA